AGGUCACGUGGUGGAGGGAAAUUUAACAAAAUGUUUUGCGAAAAGGCUUUGGACCUUAUUAGAGAACUACAAAGAUCGAGAGGGGCAUCUUUGCCACCAUUCAAUGAGGACACUUUGAGACAUGUACUGGAAGAAAUGAAAGCACUUUAUGAACAGAACCAGCAAGAUGUCAAUGAUGCAGUGCAGGGAGAAGCUGGUUUGUUCUCUGGUGUACAGAUCAGGCAUGCUGCCCUGGAGAGAAACAAACGCUGCAUUUUAGCUUACCUACAAAAUCGUUUGAAGACAACACGAGAUAUGAGAUGGGAGUUUGGAAGUGUCCUUCCUGCUGACGUCAAAUACAACUUGUCAGAAGCUGAGAUCCAAUGGUUUAAUAAAUACAACAAAUCCUUGGCCAACUAUAUGAGGUCCCUGGGAGAGGAUGGGGGUCUUGAUCUCACACAAGACAUGAAACCACCAAAGACACUGUACAUUGAGGUACGUUGUAAAGUUGACCAUGGUGAGUUUGAAACUCAGGAAGGAAGUAUAGUUCUCUUGAAGAAAAACAGUCAACAUUUCUUGUUGAGAUCUGAAUGCGAACAUUUAAUACGACAAGGAAUAUUGGAGCAUAUUGUACAUUGAUCCAUGAGUCCUGCUCGUCCAUGUGUAAAUAAAUUGAUUGUAUAUAUGAUGAGUCUGCAGAUGCAUCGUCAGAAUAUUUGCGACAUCUUUCUGUGUUUUAAAGCUACCUGGGAUUGGAAUAAAAUAUCUCUGGAGUCAUUAGAAAUGACAUGAAUGAUGUGAAUGCCAUCUUUUAAAUAGUUGUCAAACUUUAUGCAUAAAAGAGAUUUCUUAACAAGGAUGUAAAAUUUAAAUCAGCAGUUCAGUGAAAGUCAGAAAGAUACUUUACAGUGACAUCUUUCUGAAUCAAUAGAUGUGAAAAUCAUAUGUGGACAGCAUUAACCUAAAUAGCCGGAAAUCGAAUUUGGAGUUAACUUGAAAAGUUAAAACCAUGACGGUUAAAUAAAAAAUUAAAAGAUGCUAAAAAUGAUCGUUUCAUCUUUAAUGUAUAGUGUAAAUAAAAACAGAAGAAUAAAAUGAGCAUAGCCAUCCUCAUGAAAGGUGCGCAUGUAAAGAAACAAUCAAGAGUGCCAUCUAUAGUGAGUAUGCAGUAGUUAAAGAAAUGUUUUGAUUUGUUAAAUGUUUUGUGUUUAGUUGCUUUUAAAAAUCAUUAGU